AUGUCGCAGGAAAAAGCAUUCUUACUGCUCAUCAAUGGUCAUGUCGAAUCGGCUGAGUUUCCGGACAUUCCAUCGCUGUACGUAAAAUUUUCGACAUCUUUCGGUCCUGACUGGAAACAUGUAGCUGGUGCCAUUGAGGGGUUGUCAGCCACGUGCUUUAGAGGAGAUUCUCAUCGUUUUGUUCCUGAUCUUUCCAUAUCGGCUACGUUUUCCAGUACGAAUCCAUACAGAUGGCCGCAACUAGUAUUCGCUUGCUACGGGCACGAUCUCUUAGGACACGAUGUAGUUCGUGGAUACGGAGCUUUGCCUAUUCCAACUAUCCCAGGAAGGCAUAUAAGAAUCGUGCCAUGUUUUGUGCCAGAGGCUUCGUCAAGUUACCAAAAAGUCAUGGGAAUACUUCGUGGCAGGAGACCGGAGUUUGUGAACGUGAACCAUGUGGCCAGGCCUGAGGCUCGCCAUGCCACUCGAGUGACCACACAAGGAAAGCUAAAGGUUCGCGUAGACGUAAUAUUAAAAGACGUACGAAAAUUCGGGUUUCAAACAGUAUCCAGCAGAGGACUUGCCUCCCAGGAGCCACCAUCCACUGACCUCUCAAAACUCAGACUUGGCAAGCAAAAGAAGCCUGUUGAAGAUACAGAAAUGUCAACGCCUGUUCCUAGCGAUGACAAAACUACAGAAAUUCUGUCACCAGCACCACCGUCCGACGAUACGUUGCGUCCAUUGCCAAAUCUCGAAGAUUGA